AUGGCGGAGAAGACAAAUAGCCAAUAUGAUGAGGUUGAGCUAUCAAACCGUCGCAGUGAUGAUGAGAAACAUGCCGAAGUUGGAGCGAAAGUCGUUCUCGGAAAUGAAGCAUUCAAUGAAGCCAUGCUCAAGGAGCCUCCAAGGCCUUUUACAUGGUCAACGAUGCAGCUCUACAUAGCUUGUUUUAUCGGGUUCUUUUGUGCUACAAUGAACGGUUACGAUGGAUCCCUCAUCAACAAUUUACUCGUGAACCCUUGGUUUUUGGAUUUCUACCAUGGUGAAAAUGCUGGAAUAUGGGCUGGUAUUGUGACUUCCAUGUACCAAAUUGGUGGUGUAGUUUCAUUGCCAUUCGUCGGACCAGCUGCAGAUACAUUUGGUCGACGAUUUGGAAUGUGGCUUGGAUGUCUUUGUAUUAUCCUUGGUACGAUCGUUCAAGGUGUUGCUACAAGAAAUGCUGGUGUGAGACAAUUUAUGGGUGGUCGUUUCCUACUAGGUUUUGGUGUCAAUAUCGCUUCUGCAGCUGGUCCUAUGUAUGUUGUAGAGGUUUCUCACCCUGCAUAUCGUGGUGUAGUAACAGCUAUCUUCAACUGCUUUUGGUUCACUGGAUCAAUCAUCGCCAGUGGGGUAGCUCGUGGAGCAGAUAACAUCGGAGGCGAUGAAUCAUGGAGAUUGAUUAUCUGGAUUCAAUUGAUGUUCUCCAGUAUCAUCUUCAUUUCCGCUUACUUCCUUCCCGAAUCUCCAAGGUGGCUUUACGUCAACAAUAAACGCGAUCAAUCCAAGAAGAUGCUUACCAAGUUCCAUGGAGAAGGGAACCCAGACAGCGAAUGGGUGAAACUACAAUUGAAUGAAUAUGAAGAACUUUUGGAAAUGGACGGUGCCGAUAAACGUUGGUGGGAUUACAGAGCACUUUUCAAGAAUCGAUCUACUUGCUAUCGACUAUUCUGUAAUGUUAGUAUAUCGAUCUUUGGUCAAUGGGCAGGCAAUGCUGUCUUGUCGUACUUUAUGGGCAAAGUUCUCCAGACUAUCGGUGUUGGAAGUCACAUUGGCCAAGCAAAUGUCAUACUAAUCAACAAUUGCCAACAAUUCUGCUGGGCUCUCUUUGGUGCUGCAAUGGUUGAUCGUAUUGGACGUCGUCCUCUUCUUCUCUUUUCUAAUAUUGGCUGCUGCGUAAUCUGGCUCGCAAUGACUGUCUCCGCUGCGCUGUACCAACAAUCCAUCCCCGACCCCAGCAACCCAGACUCAAUCGGCACCAAUCACGCAGCUGGUACCGCCUCCCUAGCCUUCAUCUUCGUCUUUGGCGCCGUCUACUCCGUUGGUUUCACACCCCUCCAAGCUCUCUACCCUGUCGAAGUCCUCUCCUUCGAAAUGCGCGCCAAAGGAAUGGGCUUCUCAGGAUUUUCCGUCGCGGCAGCCGGUCUCCUAAAUCAAUUCGCAUGGCCUGUUUCCAUGCAGAAAAUCGGUUGGAAAACUUAUAUUAUUUUUACCAUUUGGUGUGCGAUCCAAACGACUGUGGUUUAUUUUUUUAUUCCUGAGACGAGAAAUAGAACUCUAGAGGAGUUGGAUGAGAUUUUUAAUAGCCCUAAUCCGGUUAAGACGUCAAUUGCGAAGAAGAGGUUGGGGCUGGAUGCAUAUGGUGAGGUGGUUAAUAUUCAGGAUGCUUGA